AUGCACAACCUGACAAUUCUCAGCCUCGUCUUCCUUUUCUCGGCGGCUUCGGCCCUUUUCUUUGGUGGCGGCGGCGGUUGUUGCCCCAUGCCGAUGCAGAGCUGCGGCGGUUGUGGCCGGAAGAAGAGGUGACCAGAUUUUCAUUUUUGAGCGAUAACUCUGAGUUUUGUAAAGGAAAAACAUAUUUUAUUCAGAUAGAAAAUAUAACCUUUCCACAUAGGCUUUUCUGCGCCAGCUUGUGACGAUUUUUAUUUUCCUCCGAGCUACAGUUCCCUCUCAUGAAAAUGAAAAUAGUUGCAUGCGCCUUUCCUUUGGCGGAAAUUUCCGGUAUAUUAACGGCGCAGGCUCACAGGCUGGCUCAUCCAAGGGAAGCUUCCCGGAAAGGUUCUAUAAACUAGGAAAAAGCGUGACAAACUGAUGCAGAAUCGGCUAUGGUUCAUUUUUCACGAAUCAUUUUGCUUAUUCGAAAAGAUUGGUAGGAAAUUUAGUCAUUUUUUUCCUUGAACUCUGCCGAUAAAAUGGUCAGUAGCCACAGUAUAUGCUCAUAGGACCAUUUUUCCAAGUUUUGAGCUUUUAUAUAAUAUUAUUUAUUUACAGGCAGAACAAAAUAACAUGUACAGAAAAAAAAAGAGAAAAAUUUGGCAUUAAGCCUGAAAUAAAUAAAUAAAAGGCACUUGAGGCCCUCACGAGCCUCUGAGCCAGUAAUGAAAAAGAAUAAGAGGUGAGGAUUGCGCAAAGGUAAAAAUAAGUGAAUGGUAAAAGAAAGCAUUAUAAGUUAUGACACAGUGUAGCACAGGUGAAUGGGGAAUUUAAUUGUUUGUAAUGAUAUAGACGCGCAUAAGAUGGAUUAGAGUAGGGCUAAAGCACGGGUACCUGGUUCAACGGAGUCUGCUGGGAAUAGAUCCAAAAAGGAAAUUGUUAUCGAGGGAUAGUAACAAAGACCUGAAACGAUCUGGAGAAACAUUGAGGUUUCCCAAUGUAGCCAGUUUAUUCCAAAGAGGGAUGAACGUCUCAAAGAAAUUUUCGAAACGAAUCCCUACUCUGAUAAGACGUGAUGGAGCACGUACCGAAUUUGAUCUCCUGAAAACACUGUGAGAAACUGGCAAAUGACUCUCCUUAAUAUAGAUUUUAUGUAGUGUUCUUAGACAAAAUUCGACUCGUCUUCUAAAAAGAGAGUUUGUGUUAAUCUGAGCUAACCUGUCUUCAUAACUAGAAAACCUAAUGUUUGAUCUCAUGAAUGUUUGGCGAGUAAAUUGACGGAAGAUGUUUUCGAGGGUGUAAGAUAGUUCUGAAGCUAGGGGGGGACUGAACAACUCACAACAGUAGUCCAUAUAGGGAGCAACGUAAGUAAGAAAAAUCCGGCUCAUUAGAGCGGGGAGACAGGGCGCGGAACGCUCUGAUGAUUUGUUUACUUUUUAGUUUGCAUAAGGCUAUAACUUUACGAAGGUGAGGCUCAAAUGUUAGUUUGUUAUCAAUAAGAAUGCCUAGAUCGCGAACAGCUUCCGCGGAAGAGAUAGUUAUAUUAUUUAGCUUAAAAAUUGCAGCGGGGAUCUGUGUUGGGUCUAACAACGACUUGAAUUCAGAAAAAUUACUCAAAAAUUUUUCAAAAUUUUUCGGAAAGGAAAGAGUUAGAGCUCCAUAUCGAAUAAUACUGAGCUCAAUUGGAAAACAAAAUUGUUUCCCAAUACCUCAACUCAUUCAAGGAUCAUUCAAGUUCAUAAUUCCAAGAUUGAAAAACUUAAUUCAGUAAAUUAUUCUCAUUCUGAACCCCGUCACUUGAUUUUAGUCUUGAAAGAGGUUAGGUCACAAAUUUGUCUCAACCUCUGAAAAUAGAUAGUAAGAAAAAUUGGUUUUCAGUAGGUUUUUAUAAAAAUUUCACAGCAAACCUAUUUUUCUUCUAUUUUUCAACAACUUUUGUAAGCCGCUCCAUUUACAAAAUACUAUAUCUCUUUGUCAAAAAAUGUCCAGCCAAUGUUUUUUGGGGCAUUUUCUCUAAACAAGCGUUAUAUUAUUGAAAAUAGAGUCAAGUUUAAUUUUUGAGCCUUUUCUGACUGAAACUGCACUUACUUUAGCUCUUGAAAGAAGCUUCAAAGUGAAAUAAGAAGGAAAAUUGUGUAUUUUAUUACUUCUUAAGAUCGGUAGAAGAACGGCAGCUCGAGUUUCCUGGCAUAGUGAGCAAAGACGGAGACAUGCUGUGCAACACUCCGGAGCUCAAACAGCUCAUGAUCGAGGUCGAGCUCCAUGCAUUUCACGUCAUGAUUCUUGCUUCAGAGCAUGAAAGAUAAUGCCGUUGACUCGAGCAAAGCCCUUCAGUGGUCACUUGAGCGGCACGACUUGCAGCGCUACGUCGUCGUCUGUUCGGAGGUUUUUUUUUUACUGGUUUGAAAUUCAAUCAGAAGAUUUUGGGAAAAUAAUGUAAUGUUAAAAUCUUUGAAGGCCCAUGAAACUUCUGACAUACUGGGAAAAUUCCUGAGUGGCCAGUUUAGGGUUUUAACAUUUUAGUGAUUACUUAAGGGGCUAAAGUUUAGUAGCUUCUUCGUAUGUACGCGUGUUAUUACUAAAUAACUAAAAACUACUUUAGUGGCCACUAAGACAUAAAUUAGUUGCUUCUAUAGAGGUGACUGUAGUGGUCCCUUUAGUGUCAUCUUCCAGUAGUCUUUGCCUCUUCAGUGGUUUUUAGAGUUUUUAACUAGAGUUCUUUCCCAGUAAGCGAACAUUUCUGAACUUUUUUUUCAGAAUCCGUUUGUCUAUACUGUUCGCUCGGAAACGGCCUACUGUGGGUCUCGGAAGGAAAAUCACUACUGCCACGCCUUUGCACUGUAA